AUGGCAGCUUUGAAAGAAUUCGAUGCGAGCGAAGUCGCAACUCACAAAACAAAAAAUGAUCUUUUUGUCAUUAUUCAUGGAAAAGUGUACGACAUCACAAACUAUGUGCGAGACCACCCCGGUGGUGCGGAUGUGUUGCUAGACGUUGCCGGUUCAGAUGCAACAGAAGCAUACGAGGACAUCGGUCACUCAGAGGAUGCAAAUGAGAUUUUGGAGACAUAUCUAGUCGGUACUGUCAAGGAUGCACACGAAUUUGUUCAACGCAAGGUUGUUCGUGUGAUCAAGCCAACCUCCGAAACAGAGACGUCCAAAAAGUCAUCCGGCGCCCUCAAAGCUGCAAUAACAAUUACUGCCACACUUGCCGCUGGUUCGCUGGUUUACGUCUCUUCCAAGAAUCAUCGAGCCCUGACCGAAUUCAUUACAAAGCACACCCCGGCCUCCCUACAACUCUCUGGGGUUCGCCUCCCAUUCAGAAGCCUUCUGCGCGGUGGAUUUGUGACCGGAGUCACUGCUGCCACUCUAGCUUGCACUACGAUCGGCGGUGUCAUCGGAAUCAAACUCUCGAAGUUCACCGAAGUCGAGUCUGGGUUCACAAAGUACCGUCCGUACAAGAAAGCCUCGACCAUGAAGAAGCAGGACCCACAUCUUGUGAAGGGCUUCCUCGAGCCCAAGACCUACAAAAAGCUCCCCCUCGUUCAGAAAGAGCAAUUAUCGCCCAAUGUGUACCGCUUCGUAUUCCAGUUGCCCAAUAAGCGGGAUGUGAUUGGACUCCCCAUCGGCCAACAUGUCGCUAUCAAGGCCAUGAUCAACGGUGCCUCUGUCUUGAGAUCCUACACCCCGACAUCCAAUAACCUGGAUCUUGGAAAACUGGAGCUAGUCAUCAAAUGCUACCCAGAUGGCCUUCUCACCGGACAAUACCUUGAGUCUUUGGAAGUUGGCGACAAAGUGGAAUUCCGAGGCCCGAAGGGCGCGAUGAAAUAUCACAGUGGUCUUUGCAAGAAAAUUGGUAUGAUCGCUGGUGGAACCGGAAUCACCCCGAUGUACCAACUUAUCCGCGCAAUUUGCGAGGAUGACCGGGAUACGACUGAAAUUAGCCUGAUCUAUGCCAACCGAAGCGAAGAGGAUAUUCUUCUUCGUCGGGAAUUGGAGGCAUUUGCGCGUGGAUAUCCCAAGAACUUCAAGCUCUGGUACAUGCUUGACCAUCCUUCUGAUGAAUGGGCUUACGGCAAGGGAUACGUUACAGCAGAGGUCAUGGCUGCUAGAUUGCCUGGUCCAGCACCCGAUACCAAAAUCAUGCUUUGUGGACCACCAGGUAUGGUGAAUGCUUCGAAGAAGAGCUUGGUGGCUGCGGGCUUCAAGGCUCCUGGCGCGGUCGGAAAAAUUACCGACCAGAUCUUCUGCUUCUAG